AUGGACGCGCACGACUUGGAACUUGAGGGAGCUGACGAUGCCACCCUUGCUAUUCAUCGACGCUUAGUCGAACAGAACCACGAAUCGCAAGAGACCCGCAAGGAGAUCCUUGCUGUUUACCGGGAUACGUGGACUGAAUUUUAUCAAUGGGAGCCGGCCUGGUGUGAUUCUCGCCUCAAGGAGCUUGCGCCUGCCUACCCUCGUUUCACAGCGCCCAUUAUCCUGCCACGAGCGGAGGAGUCAGAUGAUAUGAUCGCUGAUGACGACCCUCUCUCCUUCUCCGUCACUGAUUAUGAUGGCAAGGAUGAGAUGACACUCACUUGUACUGAAGAGUGCAUUCCUGCUUCGCGAAUCGUACCGCAUCCUAAAUAUGAGGCUUGUACUCCAUCCAUGCGGGCUAUCAAGGCUGACAAAAGCUUGGGCAAUAUAGCAACAUUCAUACCAUAUGCUGAUGAGGGUUUUGACCAGAGGGGUUACCUUGCACAGUUCAGGGAGACUGCCUGGCAAAACAGGUGGACUGAUAAUGAUUCUCACUUAAUCAUGCUUGAAGCUGUGAAGCUGCUUGUAUCAGAGCAUUCAUAUACUUAUGAGAAGAUUGAUAGCUUGAGGGAAAAGAUCUUCUUGCCAGUCAAAAGUCAUAAUGGGCUUCUCUGGAAAAUGAAGCAGCGUGAUUUACUCCAGUGGAAAACAGAUGCAGAUGUUCUGCCUCCACCACCACCUGUUGAAACAAACUUUCUGUUUGAUUGGAUGAUGGAAGGGCAGAUAAAUGUACUCUAUCUGAUUUUUGCAGCCAUCCUGGACCAUGCAAUAAGCAAGCAGAUUGCUUAUGUGCUGAAUUUUGGCUGCAUUGCAGACCAGGUUGUAGAUGUGAUGAUAAAUCUCUUGGAAGUAAAAUCUGGAAUUCAUGGACUAGGUACAUUUGCCUGCUCAUAUCUAGCAGAAAAUACUGCCAUUGGAGAAUACAUUGCAGAGAAUAUUGAGAAGAUUUAUGUGACUGAGGAUGCUGCCAGACAUCGCAAGCUGAAUUAUACCUUUGACCUGAACAUGAAGCAGAUUCUAGAUGCUGCUACUGUCGGCAAUGAAACACGAUAUAUCAAUCAUGCAACUGGAAGUAAGGCCAAUGUAUAUGCAAGGGCACUGUAUGUCAAUGGUGAACAUAGGAUAAUUUUUUAUACUGCAAAAAAGGUGAAGAGAGGCCAGGAGUUGUUCUUUGAUUAUGGAAAGAAGUUCUGGGGUAAUACUGCAACCACUCAAUCAGAUGCUGAAGCAGAAUCAGAUUAG